GAUUUUUUUUUUUCCUUCUCUUAAAUACAAAGCUGUGAAGAUGACCCCGAAACAUGAAAAACAGGAAUUUGUAACUGUCUUGGUGCGAGACCCUAGGACACAGAAAGAAGACUUUUGGCAUUCAUACAUAGACUAUGAGAUAUUCAUUCAUACAAACAGUAUGUGCUUUACAAGGAAAACAUCCUGCGUUAGGCGACGCUUUCGAGAAUUUGUUUGGCUCCGGCAGAAGCUUCAGAGCAAUGCUGUGCUAAUACAGUUACCGGAACUGCCAUCUAAAACUCCCUUUUUUAAUGUGAACAAUCCUCAUCACGUGGACCAUCGUCGGCAGGGUCUUCAAGAAUUCCUCGAAAAGAUCCUACAAAAUGCAUUAUUGCUUUCAGACAGUAGGCUUCACCUCUUCUUACAGACUCAGCUAAGUCCGGAAGAUAUGGAGGCUUGUGUAUCUGGACAGACCAAAUAUUCUGUUGCUGAUGCGAUUCAUAAGUUUGCCUCUUUGAACAGACGUUUUCCUAUAGAAGCUGAAGAGAGAAAAAAAGGAAAAAACGACGCAGACUCCGAUUCAGAGAGUUCAUCCUCUGGGCUUGGACAUAGUGAUGACAGCAUUUCACGUGGAUGUAAAGCAAGCCCAGCUUCUGAAGAAUCGUGAAAAAUCAUUUCUGUAUUGCUCUCUGAAGGACAGUACAAAGUGGUUUCUGCUAUGUUAACUAGUUACGUGCACCACGUAAACAUGACUUGCUAGUAACAUGUACCUAAAAGACUCGUUGUCAAUACUACUGUAUGUCCCUAAAGAGUUUUUGAAACAGACCUUGAUACUAUUUUUUGUUGAUUUAUUAUGCACAUUGAUUGAGAUUUACAUGUUACCUAUUACAUUUAGGCUUUUGCAACUGUUAAAAUCUCAAAAUUGGGCUAGUCACGCUCUACAGAGACAUAUGGCAGUUAAAACAUUUCCUUUAGUGACUGCACGUCUUAAGUCUGGAAAAUCAAGGUAACUCAAUUCCUCAGCUUAAAAGUUCUUAUAUCAUGCAAAAUAUAUUCAAAGUAUCUUUUUGCAAUUUGCAUCAGAGAAGUUUAAUCUUUAGAAGUCAUUUGACAUUGGUGACGAAAUUAAAAACUUAAUACCUUGUGGGGCAUGUAAAGUAGCUCAGCAACAUCAGCAAAACAACAUUUGUACAAACUAUAUGCUGCUAGCAAUUUGAGAUAUAAAUAUAUCUUCCUCUGCUCUUUCUCUAAUGUUUAUGGAAAGCUUGGUUUUAUCAUGCAUAAGAACUGAAGGCCAAAAUUCUCAAGCAUGACUGCUUAGAAGUUAGGAAUAAUAAAAAUGACGUAAUGUUGAGGUUUUCUAAAGAGGCUUAGUUCCCAGGGAAUUAUGGAUACUCAUUCCCAGUGAAAAUCCUGGAUGAAGUCCAUUAAAACCAAUGGCUAAAUUUUCUGUUGACUUCACUAGGGCCAGGAUUUCACCCCACGGGUCUAACCUUAGGUACCUGUAUUUGAAAAUGUCAGGACAGAGAUUUUAGUUUAACAGCUUAAAUGGAGUGUAUUUCUCUCUCCAAGAUGACGAUAUUCACGUAGCUAUAACAUGUUGUACAAAUGUGCACGUCUCAAAUCUUUGGGAACAACUGCAGCUGCUGCUUUCAUUGCUACUCUAGUUAACACAUUGGAAUAUUGACUUUUUCACAAACAAAAGGCAGGCUUGAACACAACUUUGUAACCACCAACACCUAUUUUGAUUAAACGUCAAUUUUGUUCUUUAUUGUUAACCACAGCUGCAUAGUGUCUUGUCCCAGACUCUGUCAAUGGAAUAUGUUUCACUGUGGUGUUGUAUUUAUAUUUGACAUUUAACUGCUAUUAAAAAGAGCUAGGGGGUCUGAUCACUUUAGCAAAGCUCCCAUUAACUUCAGAGCUGUAGUUACAGGCCUAAAAAUGGUUUUGUUUUUUUUUUUUUAAAAGAAUUCUGUGUCUAGUUUCAAAGAAGGAACACUUUAAAUCUGUGAAUUACAGAAACAAUAGAUUAUUAAAUGGCCAGCUAAUAAAGGUUAGCAUCGGCAUGUGUGGGCAUGUUUUUUCAAGCAUCCAGCUGGGAAUCUGUGUAAUUUUAGAAACAUGUUUUAAUAGCCCAAGGAUAACAUCUCUUAGGUAACUACUUUUAAGCCACUGUUUUCUGUUAAUGGUAGCAUUUCUGUAAGAUAAAUACCCGUGUUUCUUUUUGCUCAGUUUUAUUGAAUGGCACAAAUGUAUCUCUUCACCAUCUCAGCUAGUAUACAAGAUAGCAGCAAAGCUAUUUUAAUGUAAAAGUGAUAACAGUUAAUUAAAGCAACAAGUUAUCACUAGAAGUAGCUAAAGGAUAGCUGUUAUUGCCAGGCAGAGAUGUUUGCUUUUUAAGUUGUUACAUUACUGGAAAAAUUAUUGUUUAGCCAAUAUAUUGAAAAGAUGGAGGAAAAUAUCAAAACAAACAAAC